AUGGCCGCCUACCACGGGCACAUCAACUGCAUGAGGUUUGCCCGCGCCAUCGGCGUUCCAUGGUACGCGCCGGACAUUUGGCAAAAAUCGGCUUGCGACGAGGCCGCGGUCGCGGGCAACAUGGAAUGCUUGGUCUACGCUCACGCCAACGGCAGUCCGUGGAGCACGUGGACGCGUAACUUCGCCGCGGGCAGUGGUCACUUGGACUGCCUCAAGUACUGUCGGGAAAACGGCUGUCCGUGGAACGCCCAAGCGUGCAUGCUGGCCGCAGAGAACGGACAAUUGGAAUGCUUGAUAUACAGCCGGGAAAACGGCUGUCCGUGGGACUCUUUUACGUGUGAUAUGGCCGCGUUCACGGGGAAUCUGGACGGUCUGCGGUAUGCGAUCGAGAACAGCUGCGAAUGGGAUAUAGAC